AUGGUGGAAAGAAAAAUCGAAGGAACAAUUCCUUUGGAUCUCAGUUUCAAGCGCCCCCUGGCGACACGUGGAGCAUGCCGCCAGAGAGAUAGGAGGCAGGAGCCUGCCGUCCCACGCUGUGGCGGCACGUUAGCGAAGCAGCUUCGCCGUCAACCGGCGUCGGUAGUUGCGGGCCAUGGCGCCCCACCAAGCGGCGGCAGGCUUACGUGGACAUGCCGUCCCAUACCGUGGUGGAAGGCCGGCGAGCUCCGCGCCAAGGGCGUCGAUACCGUGGCGUGCGUGUCGGUGAACGACGCCUUCGUCGUGAAGGCGCGGAAGGAGAGCCUCGGCCUCGGCGACGACGUGCUGCUGCUCUCCGACGGCAACCUCGAGCUCACCCGCGCGCUCGGCGUCGAGAUGGACCUCUCCGACAAGCCCAUGGGCCUCGGCGUGCGCUCCCGCCGCCACGCGCUCCUCGCGGACGACGGCGUCGUCAAGGUGCUCAACCUCGAGGAGGGCGGCGCCUUCACCACCAGCAGCGCAGAGGACAUGCUCAACGCCCUCUGAGCGGUUCCUGAGGGAGCACCUUCUUCUGCUCUUAAACAGCGUCUUAUUUAGCAGUGAGUAAUAAUUCCGCGAACUGUGGCUUGUGUGACUGUCUGUCCUUCGAUGCGUCGCCGUCGUAUAGAGGAUUUUUCUUUUGUUGAACUGUGAGUGCUGUCGAUGUGUUCGAUGAAAUGAUAGACCAAAAUUUUCCAGAGCGUCGCGUACGAAUCACAAUUGCCAGGCUUGUUUGAU